ACUUUUCUCCUCAGCUCUACCCCAAGAGCGUUAUAACACAUCAACCUAAAACCCACACCGUCGAAUCGAACACCCAAGAAAAGCCAAAAACAAGUUCGAGAUUCUAGUUCGAGUAUCUGUCAAUGGCGGGUUUGGCCAAGACCGGCAUGGAAUGGCUCCAAGAUCCACUGAGCUGGCUGUUCGUCGCCUCGGUGGUCUUCGUGGUGCUGCAGCGGCGCCGGCGGGGCAAGGCGCCGCCGUUUCCUCCCGGGCCGAAUCAGCUGCCGAUCGUCGGCAACAUGUCGAUGAUGGACCAGCUGACCCACCGGGGCCUGGCGGCGCUGGCGAAGCAGUACGGCGGCCUUCUCCACCUCCGCCUCGGUAAGCUCCAUGCCUUCGCCGUGUCGACGCCGGAGUACGCCCGGGAGGUGCUGCAGGCGCAGGACGGCGCCUUCUCCAACCGGCCGGCGACCAUCGCCAUCGCCUACCUCACCUACGACCGUGCCGACAUGGCGUUCGCGCACUACGGGCCCUUCUGGCGCCAGAUGCGCAAGCUGUGCGUGAUGAAGCUCUUCAGCCGGCGCCGUCCGGAGACGUGGGUCGCCGUGCGCGACGAAUCCGCGGCGCUCGUCCGCGCCGUGGCUCGGCGGAGCGGCGAGUCCGUGAACCUCGGCGAGCUCAUAUUCAACCUUACCAAGAACGUCAUCUUCCGCGCCGCGUUCGGCGCGGGCGCCGCCGCGGACGGCGACGGCGGCAAGCAGGACGAGUUCAUCGCCAUCCUCCAGGAGUUCUCCAAGCUGUUCGGCGCGUUCAACAUCGGCGACUUCUUCCCGUGGCUGAGCUGGGCGGACCCGCAGGGCAUCAACGUGCGCCUCCGCGCCGCGCGCGCCGCCCUCGACGAGUUCAUCGACAAGAUCAUCGACGAGCACAUGGCGAGGGGCAAGAGCCCGGACGACGUCGACGCGGACAUGGUGGACGACAUGCUGGCGUUCCUCCCCGAGGCGAAGCCGAAGAAGGCCGCCGGCGACGGCGGGGACGAGCUGCAGAGCACGCUCCGCCUCACGCGUGACAACAUCAAGGCCAUCAUCAUGGAUGUGAUGUUUGGCGGGACUGAGACGGUGGCCUCGGCGAUCGAGUGGGCCAUGGCAGAGAUGAUGCACAGCCCGGACGACCUCCGUCGAUUGCAGAAGGAGCUCGCUGACACGGUGGGUUUCGACCGGAAUGUGGAUGAGUCGGACCUCGACAAGCUCCCCUUCCUCAAGUGCGUCAUCAAGGAGACGCUCCGGCUGCACCCGCCCAUCCCGCUGCUCCUGCAUGAGACCGCCGAGGACUGCGUCGUCGGGGGCUACGCCGUGCCCCGAGCCUCCCGCGUCAUGAUCAACGUCUUCGCCAUCGGCCGCGACGCCAAGGCAUGGAAGGAUCCGGACACGUUCCGGCCGUCCCGGUUCGUGGCGGGGGAAGGGGAGGCUGCCGGGGUCGACUUCAAGGGCGGCUGCUUCGAGUUCCUCCCGUUCGGGUCUGGUCGCCGCUCAUGCCCCGGGAUGGCGCUCGGCCUGUACGCGCUGGAGCUCGCCGUCGCUCAGCUCGCCCACGGCUUCAGCUGGGCGCUACCUGACGGCAUGAAGCCAUCGGAGCUUGACAUGAGCGACAUCUUUGGCCUCACUGCGCCGCGCGCUACAAGGCUCUACGCCGUGCCCACACCCCGGCUCACCUGCCCCUUGGUCGCUGACGUUAAUGUCGACGGCAGGCACCAGGCGUGAUAUCAUACGCUUGAUUGUGCGAUCUAUAGUAUCUACCAGCUGCACAGGGUGAAGGUGUUUGGUCAGAGGUGGUGGUGGCGCCAUUGCAAGAGUUUGGUGGUUUUCUCUUGCAUUUUGUUGUUGUUUUUCUUUUCUUUUUUUGUCUUUUGAAUUCUGAUACUGCAGAACAUAAUAAGUGGAUCUCCAUGCUACCUGCGUGCAUGCUUAGGUUACCAUUAAGCAUAUGAUGGUGUUCUAUGGCUAAGAACACAAACUGUAUAAAACCGUAUUGUUUGAGACUUGUUGGGCUAAGAUUCUGUAAAUUUUCUUCGUAUGACAAUUUCUUUUAAGAACGCAAAGAUUGGCCU